AAAUUUAAUAAUUAAACCGAGCUCGAGUUGCUGGAGCUCGAAUAGUAUAUCCAAUAUUCAGACUCGGCUACCUCUAAGAAAAUUGGGAGUUAGCUGCUACACAGAGAAACAGAGUGGAAACAAAGCAGAAAGGAAGAGAAGAAGAGCUAAAAAAAUAUAGAUAUUUAAAAAAAAAUUCAUCAAUGGAGAUAACGAACCCUAAACCAUCUUCGAAACGCCUGCUAUUCGACCGGCGUUAUGGUUGGGUGUUUGAUGAAUGGAAAGACCCAUCGGAAGAAGCUCUUGCUGCUGGCCGAGGAAUGUUUUGCAUAGUUCCUCUAACAAAAGCUUUCUUGAAGACGGCUACAAAUUCGAUCAAUUUUGUGGCAAGGUCUACUGUAAAAGUCUUAGAAAAGCCAGACUUGCUCGACCCCCGGCAGCUGCAAGCUAGCCUCAAAGAUCAGCUCAGUAGAGUCACAAAUAUUAUACAAAAACCAUAACUCGAAUGAGUCAUCUCGAUGGAAAAUCCUUGUCAUGCCAGCAGCAGUUUUGAUGAUCUAGGCAUUGAAAACAAUGAACCAAAAAGUGCCUAAUUGCUUAAAAUAUGUAUAUGUAUUUAUAUCUAUUAUUUUCCAAGUAUCAGUAUUUCACAUCAAAAAAAAUAUUCAUGCACAUGGACUUUGAUAUGCUGGAACAGAUUAGAUGUUGAUGUUAAAGAGCAUGUGUUGUUCACUCGCAUGAAAUACAGAUAACCGUUGGGGUUAUGUUUAUUCAAUGUUAUCUAGACUCGGGCAAGUGUUUUUUUUUU